CUCGUCCCCGCCCCGCGGCCGCCGAGCACGCGCGGCCGGACUGCAUUUCCCAUAAGCCCGCGCGGCGCCGCGCCGCCCCCGUCUGGGAUCCCUCGGGAGGCCCGGGGCCCCGCAGUGCCUUUGAACGGCGGCGGGAGGCGGCCGGCGCGAUGGCGAGCCCGGGUCGCCUGCUCUGCGUGCUGGCUCUACUCUACUGCUGGGCGGCGGAUCUCGGCCUCUCCGUGCCGCUGAACACCGCUGAGACGAAGCCCAUCAUCGGAAUAUUGAUGCAAAAAUGCCAUAGUAAGGGCAUGAAAAGCCUUGGAAAAUACUAUAUUGCUGCAUCUUAUGUGAAGUAUUUGGAGUCUGCAGGUGCUAGAGUUGUACCAAUAAGGCUUGAUCUUAAAAAGGAGGAAUAUGAGCAACUUUUCAAAUCAAUUAAUGGAGUCCUUUUCCCUGGAGGAAGUGUUAACCUCAUGCACUCAGGCUACGCCCAUGUGGCUAAGAUCUUUUACAACUUGGCCAUACAGAGUUUUGAUGAUGGAGACUAUUUUCCUGUGUGGGGCACAUGCCUUGGAUUUGAAGAACUUACCUGUCUGGUUAGUGGGGAGUGUUUAUUAACUCUCACAGAUACUGUUGCGACUAAAUUGCCACUGAACUUCACUGAAGGUGCAUUGCAGAGUAGAAUGUUUCAGAAUUUUCCUGCUGACCUACUGUUGUCAUUAGCAAUAGAACCUCUGACUGCAAAUUUUCACAAGUGGAGUCUCUCCGUGAAGAAUUUUACAAGCAAUGACAAGUUAAAGAAGUUUUUCAACGUGUUGACUGUUAAUACUGAUGGCAAGACGGAGUUUAUUUCGACAAUGGAAGGCUAUACAUAUCCAAUAUAUGGUGUACAGUGGCAUCCUGAGAAAGCACCUUAUGAGUGGGUGAAAGUAAAAGGCGUUUCCCACGUACCUAACGCUGUGAAGGCUGCAUUUUAUUUAGCAGAGUUCUUUGUUAACGAAGCUCGGAAAAACCAUCAUCAUUUUGAUUCUGAAUCUGAAGAAAGGGGCGCACUGAUUUAUCAGUAUCGUCCAGUUUACACAGGAAGCGUUUCUUCAUUUCAGCAAUGUUACAUGUUUGAUUGAAAGUCUAGGAAGUGUUAACAGGUCAACUUUGAAUAUCUUCCAUGCUUAAACUUUUAAAAUGACUUGCUACUUUUGCCAAUGUUAGAAAACCAGAUUCCUUUUCUCCGAUGUGACUGCCUCAGAUUCUUCAUUCAAUUUAUAGAUAUUUAUAUCAUAUUUGAUA